CUCAGUUCGCGCGCAUUUACCUGUCGCUUCGCACCUGCAGUUGAUAACCGACCGCAUCACGAUGACUACGUUUGGAAACGAACGCAUCAUUUUUUGAACGAAAUUACGAUAAAUUAAUACUCAGUUUCUGAACGUUUAUGCUUCUUACAAAGUUAUAAGAAUAUAUUUGCUGUGUUAAUUUGCAAUAACCGGAUUAUUGUGUUAAUUGUGUUUGUGACGUUUGAAACGUUUUAUUUAAUUGUGGAAUUUUCAUUAAUAAUCGAGUGGGAGUGGAUGUGAAAACUGGAGAAGGCCCGCAGGAACGGGUCGACUCUCCCUUUGCGCUACAGCGAAAGAUUCACGAUGACGGUGAAAAAGGCGGCUCGUACUGGCGGGCAUGCCGUCAUCGUCUCCAGGCAGAAGCUACACUCCAGUCAGCAGUUUGACAUCAUGCCUGUCACCAAAUCACCACCAUUGACCUAUAAUAUCAUUGUAGGCUUCAACGAAAAGGAUCAACUCCAACUACUCACAAAAGACGACAGUAAAGAUGAUGACAAAAAACAUAAAGAUUACAAUGAAUUUAUCAACAACAAAUACGAAAAUAUAGCAAUAGACGACAUAGCCAAUUGUGUUAACAUCGAGAACUAUCCAAACUGCGAGAAAACUCUAGUCUUCUACGUCAAUAAAAACGUUAACACAGAAGCUAUCGCUUUAAGAUUUGAAAAUGAGCAGGAUUUUAAAAGAAUAUACUUCACCUACAAAUAUUUUAAAAUGCGUAACCGACUGACAAAGAAUACAAAUAAUUACUCCAGUAAUGAUAACUUAUUCUCUAAAAAGAGAACGACUGACUUAAUUAAGAAUAGAAAGAACAGUAUUGACGACUAUAGUUACGAUAAAACUCGAUCGGAAUUUGAUUUGCUGCAAACAGAUAGUGAUGGCGUAACUCAUAUAUCGGUACAGCAAAAGGGUACCAGUCGAUUUGACCAACCUUUAAGUCUAAUCGGUUUUAAAAGUGACCUAGGCGAUACUGGUGAAAUAGACAGCAUUAUUUACACAGACAUUGACAUACCGACUAAGCCGGAAAGGAAGAGAUUUUUUCACAGAAAACCUAAAGCACCUUCACCACCUCUACUGCCGAAAGACACGCCCAAAGUACUAAAAGGUGAAUUCGUCAGAGUGAACGUUGAAAGAUCUCCUGAUGUAAUACCAAAAGAUAGUAAACAAAAUAAAAUACCGGAUAUUCUAAUGUUUAGAGAUUCCAAACCAAAAAGAAGUAGCCCGACCAGUGCUUUGUGGACAGCAAGCAAUAAACUAAGCACCGGCUACGAAUCAGAUCGGGAAGAAUGGAGAAGCAGCCGUUCCCAGUUCUCUACCACAGCUUUCGACAGUCUAGCGAGACCAACUAAAAUGGCGAUGGCCUUGACACUAAGGAAACCUCAGAGAAUAGAUCCAACGCCACAGUAUUACCGCCUUUCCAGCGAACCUAAGCCAAAACUUACCCCACUACCUUUUAGACCGAAUAAUUUCUUGCAAAGAGGAGCACCCAGGUUACCUCGACCGAGUUCAGAAAUAAAAAGGAAUUUAAGCACGGAUCAUAGAAAAUAUACUUCACUACAGAGCUUAGAAUUACCGAAGAAGUUAAGUGAACCUAAGAAGAAUGAUCCUAAGAAGAAUUACUCGAACAUAUCCAAUAGAAUAACAGGACUGACUAAUAAAUUGCGAGAUUUGGGAGCAGCUAGUAAUACUAUUGGCAGAUUCAAGGCUCAGUCCCACGGGGAUGUUGCAAAUCUCAAACCAGUAUUAAAGAACAACGUUCAAGACGGAACUAAACGUUCAGUUGUUAGAACGUGCAGCGUUGAACCACCAAAGAAAGUUACUUUCAGCGCUUUUGCUACCGUCCAAGUUGUAUAAAUACACUCUUUUAAAUUAAUCUUGGUAAUAAUUGAUCUGCAUUUCCUUCUUGUAGUGAUAAUAUCUUGGGUCCUGUAUAUUAACUGACUGUGGGUAUUAAUAUAAAGUAUUUAGUUUUUAGAGUAGCAACAUAUUUAAUCGGAAAUGUUUUUGUUUUACUUUAUUGUAUAUAAUUGAGAAUGGGCCGGGAUUCCUGUGUAAAUAAUAACGUUUUAAAUUUGCUUUUGUAAUAAAACCUCUUAAAUUUCGAAUUGUUAGUU